CGUUAGAAAAAAAACACUUUUGAAAAACAAACAAAAACCCUCCCUUGUUUUGGUGAACGUUGACUCGGUUUGUUGGACCCCGGGAGUCGAGUGGCUCCACGGCGAGUCUCCGUGAAACGUGUGCAAGAAAAGAAAAAAAAAAAGUACGAGUGCGACCAAAGUAACGCGGGGUUGACAACUGGCCUCGCAUCACAGCAAUGGCGCGGCCCGGAGGGUCUCCCGGAGGAAGUGGGCCUCCGUGCCCGGGGACGUGGACCGGGGCCCCGGCUCUGUCGUGAGUGACAGCGCGCGGGGAACUGUUCUCUUUCUCCAGAGUGUACAAACACUUCCCUGGGUUAUGUGAUGAGAGGGUCUUGAAGUGGGGGAUAAUUAAUCCAGCAAAGCAGGAAGUGGUUUUGUUUGGACUGGACAUCAGUAAUCCGCAGCCAUGUGUUCUACCAAUCAUUCAAACUGGGUCACAUUUGAAGAUGACAACACACCACUCCCGUCACCUCAGAAGCCCCUGCAGUCACCAGGGUUUAUCAAAGCAUCUGUACCACGUCCCAACGGUCUGAAAUUAGUGCUUCCUCCAAUCAGAGACACUUCCUGGAGCUUCAGUUCUUCCCUGGAAUCCCCUCAAAGCCACUCAGGUCUUAGUGGAAGUUCUUGUGCACCAUAUAACACACCCUUUAGCACUCCUUUGAGUGGGGUACCUAGCAGCGUGACCCCAGUCCCCUCCAACACAUGGGAAAAGAACGACUUCUUACGCUGUUUGUCAAGCACAUCGACCAGCUGUGCUUCCUCUCCUGCACCAGAGGCCCCAAAUAAAACCUCAGAUGGACCAAGCCCUUUCCCUUCUUUCCAGGGGAACUCAGGACAUUAUAACCCUUUCUGGGAUGGAUCUGGACUUGGUGCUGAUGUGGACAGUUCCUCCUCAGACUCAGAAUGUGACAACAGCCUACCACGUUUCUUUAUUCGGACCAAAGACGGCAGCGAGCCUCCACGUGACCAACUCCAGAACACCUUCUCCUACGUUUGCCACAAACUGGAAAGCCUACAAACAGAAACGGACCCUGAGACAGCGACAGAACAUGAUGGGGAGAGGCGUCUAGGGUGCAAAUAUGAGGUGUUAAGCGAAGUUGCGUCUCAGUUUGUUCCCCGGGGUCUGUUCCGUAGCCAGAAGAGAGACGGCUGGUCUGUCAUGCUCAGGAUUCCUGAAAAAAAGAACCGCAUGUCCUCGCGACAGUGGGGGCCGAUCUACCUCCGCCUGUUGCCGGGAGGUGUGCUGCAGAUGUACUAUGAGAAAGGGCUGGAGAAGCCAUAUAAGGAGCUCCAGCUUCUCCCUCAAUGUAGGCUCUCUGAUCUUAAACUGGAAAGCUAUGGCGAGCCUCGCAAAGUCCUCACGGUCAGGGUGGAGCAUUUCUCCUUCACAGAGAAGAAACGCUAUCACCCGAAGUUGGAGGUCAGUCAUGAGGCAGAGGCGGAUCAGCUGCUCAAGUUUGGCUCCACAGUGCACGACGACAUGGAGGACCUGGUAGUCUCCAUGGAAGAGGAAAUCUUUAGACUGUGUAUGCCCCAUCAGCAGAGGCGGCACUACGAGGAGCAGGAGCUGUCGUUGCAGAUCACUGAUCACAUCUGGGUACAACUGGAUAAAUCUGGAGGAGUCAUAGAGCGGACAGCCUUCACCCAGAUUCACUGUUUGGCUUUUCUGAACGGACUAGGGGAAUGUUUUCUUGCCCUCAAUGAUCUCGGGCUGCUGCGCUAUGACUCCAGUUACGGGUCUGAAGAGGGCAGUGAACUCUGGAUGGAGAUUGCCGACUGCCAUUUUCACAAAUGUGUGAACGAGUCAGAGUUCCAGAGGUCCCGGCUGAUUAAGUUCUCACCCCCUGACGCCUGCAGAGUGGAGCUGAUGCGGUACAAGACGACAACUUUGGGUAGCACCGAAAUUCCUUUCUCGAUAAAAGCUGUGGUCACAGUCCAAGGUGCCUACGUGGAACUCCAGGCCUUUCUCAACAUGUCAGCAACCUUCCUUUCGUCGGUGGGCGGGUCCGACAGGUACCCAGUGUGUGAGAAUGUAGUGAUCCGGGUGCCGGUGCCAGGCGACUGGGUCAAAGUGACACAGACAGUGGCCUUGCUGCGACAGAAGUCACUGAAGGCCCGUAUGAACAGAAACGCCUGCUUGGGCUCUGUCGGCACCGCCAAUUCCCAGCCUGUCAUGCAGGUGUCAAUCGGCACUGUCAAGUAUGAGAAUGUAUAUUCGGCCAUCGUAUGGAGGAUUGAGAGGCUGCCCGCGAAAAAUAUGGCAGUGGAUCAUCCCCAUUCAUUUUCCUGCAAGCUAGAGCUGGGAUCUGAUCAAGAGAUCCCAGAUGACUGGUACCCUUUCGUCACGAUGGAAUGUGAAAUAAUGGGCUCUGUCGUGUCACAGACCAGGGUGAAGUCUCUGGGCACCGCGAACGACAUCCAGCCGCAGAAACAUUCGACUAGUUGGACGCGCUAUCAUUGUCAGCUUGAAGUGGAGAAGAAGUGGAUUGAAACGGAGUCAGAAAGGCAAUCUGGCUGUAUGACACAGUGAUGAUUAAAGGAACUGAAGACGACGUUAUACCUUUGGUCCAAGACAUUUGCCAAAAUCUAUUUAACAGCGAAAACAUGAACAAAACCAAGGGCGAUGAGGGACUUUCUGCUUUUUUCUGGUGUCAAAUUCAUCCAAUUAGCCUUGUAGCCUUGUAGCCUGGUAACCGAUUUUGUAUCCUUUGAGACUGAAUUAGUGUAGACCUAAUCAAAACUUUUACAUGGUCAUUUUAACUAGCACUUUACAUGUAAUAGAUUUAUUAAUUGUAAAAUUACAGUUUAUAUGAGUACUGUUUAUAAGCUUACAUUUGCAUCUACUGCACUGCUCCCCAGAAAGAUUGGCAAUAAGUGUGUGCUAGACGGGCAUACAUAUGAGAUGAACAGCAAAAGUAAUGAGCAAUAUUCACUGUUUGAGAAAAACUGAUUGUCAGCAGAUGUUUAGUGUCAGGCCCUUUGUGUUGCCCUGCAAUGUUAAAACUUCACAUACCUUCAAAUUGAUUCAUUCAGGUACGACGCAAUACAUUGUAGGUAUCGCACACAGUAACUUAACUAGCAGAGCACUCCGAGAGCGCAUACCUCCGCCGAGGCUAAUGCCCCAUCUCACUGAGUUAAAGGGGGGGGGAAAAAAAAGACCUGGGUCCUCUGCAAAAAUGUAAUGGUCCCUUUUUUGGGUCAUGCCCCACCCCUCCCCCAAAUUUCAUGGAAAUUCAGCCAUUUUCAAGUAAUCCUUGACAGACAAGCAGACGACAAUGAAAACAUAACCUUCUUGGAAGUGGUAAUUAUUAUAGUAACACAAAACUGUUGGUUCUCAGGUGGGUCACGUGGUGCCGAGUCCCACGGAGCAACAUUUGUCUGAAGUGACUACAUACUGUUUAGCCUGCUUCACAAGUGGCUACAAAAUAAUUAAAUAUUUUGACGGGUGACUUUCUUGCUUUUGCCAAACACAAAGUGCACUUACAAAGUGAAAUAGCAGUUGCAAUUUUUGGUGAACCACAUUAAUACGACCAAUUAACCCUAUUGCAGUAGGUCCCACCUUUUUUCUCUUUUCUUCACGUGAUUACAACUCAUUACUUUUGUUGCUUACCUCGAGCUGACCUUUGACUUAAUACCAAGGUUGUGUUCUGGAGGACUGUAAACGUUAUUUAAACAAAUCUUUAUUAUGUGAUCUUUCUGGGUCUGGGUUGUGAAUAGGUUGAAUGGGCGGGGGGGAUAAAGCUUUGUGGUGAAGCUUUGUGGUGAGCAUGGUUCAAUGAUGACUUGUAUGUAUGAGGUACCUGGCUCAAGCUGGAUAUUAUGUACAUCAAGAUAAAAAAUGUAAUUAGA